GCCUCCUCCGGAAGCCUUUGUACAGAUAGCAGGAGACAGAACGGGCAUAGCACCCUGGCACGGCCCCUCACCUGCCAGCCUGGCACAGCCUGAAGCGGAUUAGGGAAAGGGGUCACCCCUCCUGCCCCCCUUCUGGACAGAGGAUACAUGGAUUGGGGCUGUGUGCCCCCCCAGGGACCCCACAUUGAGGAGCAGAGUGGUGGGGAGAGGACAUAACCUGGUCACCGUACUGUGGAAGAGACGCAGAGACGGUGAACGAAAAGCUUAGGACGCCAAAUAAAAAAAAGAUAACAAGAACAAGUCAUGCAGUCAUUUCGGGAAAGGUGUGGUUUCCACGGCAACCAGCAGAACUACCAAUCAGCUUCUCAGGAUUCCUCACGCCUUGAGAAUUACAGGCAUCAAAGUCAGCCGGCCCUCAACUGUGAGCGUCAGAGGCAGGUGACUAAAGGCUACUAUGCCCAGAUGUCCUAUCAAGGCUACGAGAACAACGCGGGGGAGAAGUACCCACGGGGCGACAAGCACAUUAAUGUACAGCAUCUUCAAGGCAGGGUGUCUUUUGCAAGCUUCCCAGAGGGCAGUGUCUACACUGGACAAUAUUCAGGGGAAGAAGGGCUGCAAAACUGGUCACAAUCUCAGACUUUAGCAGGGACAAAGUACGAGGGGGCCCUUGUCAAGAAGACAUCUGGUGAGGGCAGGGGAUACCAAGAUCUGUCCGGACAGAUGCAGUUCCGCUCUCAUAACCUGCAUCACCCACAGCAACCACAGCAACCACAGCAACAAUCCCUCCCCUAUGCCAAGCUUCCCAGGCAGAAGGUGCAAAAUGAAGUGGCAUCUUCUCCAUUGUCGUUUAGUCAAUCUACCCACUUCAACCAGAGUUAUCCCACAGUUUCCACAUAUUCCUCUGUGCCAGGGUCCAGCCAGGUCUCUCAUUCCUUCAAGAGCUGCACUGCACCUUCCAACCCCCCUCAUGAGCGUGCCAUGGCUACUGCCAAUCAGCGGGCACAAGCUAUGCAUGCCUACCAGUCUUCUAGGAUGGCAUCUUAUGAGCAGCCACAACGUCACCAUGCUCAAGAGACUUUGCAUUACCAAAACAUGGCCAAGUACCAACAUUACAGUCAACAAGGCCAAGCCUACUGCCAGUCUGAAACUCCAAGUAGGACCACAGAACAGUAUUACCAAACCUUUAGUCCUAGUGCCAGCCAUUCACCUGCCCGGUCAGUGGGCAGGUCCCCAUCAUACAAUUCUGCACCAUCGCCUCUAAUGUCAAACAUUGAGAACUUCCAGUAUAGCCAGCAACAGCACAGUGCCAGUACAUUCCCUAUGGGCAUCUCUGACCACAGUCACUACAUGCCACUUCUAAAUCCCUCUCCUACGGGCACCUCCAGUCCAGACUCACAGACUAAAAACUUGCAAAAUGACAAAAUUCCUGAGACCCUGUUGUCAGACCUCAGUCUGCAGAGCCUCACCGCCCUCACCUCCCAAGUAGAAAACAUAUCCAACACAGUACAGCAAAUGCUACUAUCCAAGUCUGGUAUUCCUCAAAAGAAAGGGCUGAAGACCUCCCCGAGAACACCAGAACAAAUAAAAGGACAGCACUGCAGUCCUGACAGCAAUACAUACUCUGCGGAUCAAAUAGGAACCCCCCUAUCUGAGACCCUAGGGACCCCACAAUCUGUACACACUGAGAUUCAAGAUGCAGAUUACCUUAGUGGCUCCGAGGACCAGCUGGAAAGGAACUACUUAUACUGUGGUCCUGGCCGAAGUCCAGGCAGAGCAAACAGCAACAAAAUUAAACCAGAAUCCAUAUCUACGUGUUCUGUGACUUCACCGGACAACAUGUCUACCAAAUCUGAUGACUCCUUCCAAAGUAUUCAUGCCAACCUGCCCCUGGAGACUUUUGCCAAGCUGGUGAGCAGUGAGAGAGAGUGCCCACACUUAUUAGUCAAUGCCCUGUCCCAUGAGGAGCUAUCCACAGAAAUCAUCGCUCUGCAAGAUGCUAUUGAUAACGAAAAAGCUGAGAAAGCUUGGGUUGAUUCUCCUACCUUGAAUAAUAACUCUCCUAAAUCACCGUUUAACCUGGAAAACCACACAGCCUGUUCUGAGACAGCACCAAAAAAUACAUGGUCCGACCAAGGGCCUACAGAACAGUUUGCAGAUGAUUUGAAAAAACACCUCCAAGAAAAGACCCAAACAGCCAAUCAAAAGGAUUUUAAUGACAAAUACUUUGAAAAAGAGGAAUUUACACCAAUUCCAGCAAAACUCACAGAAAGCACUGAAGAUUCUGUAAAUUUUUGUUCAGAAAAUAACACAAGUGCAGUUGUAUCAAGCACAACAUGUACCAGCUUUUCCAAUACAAACACCACCUGCUCUAAGACUACCGAUCCCUUCGACUGGUCCGAUAAGAAUGAGUCUGAAUCCUGCCUAAGGUGGAAGGACAUUGAGUUGACUUUGCGCUCAUCGGACCUACAGAAAGGCUUGUUUCAGACCAAGGAGAAUAAGACUGAUUGUCAUCUCGAUGUUCCUGAUGUGGAGACCCCUUUGGAGAAUGAUUCCGGAGAGGAGUUCAAUAAGGAUGGGGCAGAGGAUUUAGCCUACGCAGAUGAUCGCAAGACUGACAGUGAGAAGUGGUUAGAAGACACCCGAGAUUGUUACACUGGGGAUGAUUUUAAUGAUAUUCCUGAUUUACCAUCUCAAAAAGAGUCCAACUUGGAACCUGAAGACUAUUCCUCUUUGUGUGACUUUUCAGACAGAAAAUCUUUCAUAUAUGAUGCACCUUCUCCAAAGCAAUUAAGAGACAUGGAAGCAUUUUCUUCCAUUAAUACUCCAGAGUCUAUAGAAAAUCCAAGCUCAGAGGGCAAGGAGAAUUUAGUACCAUCACCACAGCUUUCUGAUGGUCACUCAAUCAUCCUACUUGGCCCAGCUGUUGGUACAGAGUCUAAAGUAAAUAGCUGGUUUGAAUCCACACUUUCGCAUAUUAAAACUGAUGAAGAGAUCAAAAAAACAAAUGAAGAUGAAACAGAGGCCAAUACUCUUGAGCCUGCCCCGAUUGUUGAAGUGGAAGAACACAAGUUGGAGGAUCAAUCCCAACAAUUGAAAACUGAAGAAGAACUUGAUAGGAAGCCCAUUUAUAGUAAAAGAAAUCAAUGCAGAAUUUCAGAAUCCAAGGAGUCUGAUAGAGGAUAUCAAACCCAGUCCGAUGACACUUCUGCCAUUGGAAUUGAGAAGAUCGGAAAAGAAGAUGAAGAACCAAAACUUCCCAUUCCUGCAACUAAAGUUCCUCAUGUUGAAGAAACACCAGCGAGGAUGUGCACACGUUCUUUGACUUCAAAAGUAGAGCCUCAGGCAUAUGGGCCUGUUGUGGGAAUGAAGGCAUCUUUACCAGAGAAACUGACUAAGGGAGGGGCAUUUGGUGUGAAGCAAAGAGCCCCGUUUAAGCCCGGAAGAAGAGGUGGGAAAACCGCAAUGAAGGUUAUGAGUCUUCCCAGUGACCAAAAUGCUUUUAUUCCCCAAGGUAAAACACCCAGCACUCUGCCCACUAGUCAAAAAGCUAAAGAAAAUGUUAUAAACAUUCUUAAAGAUGAAAGAUCCAUGAUACUGAGGUCUCGUAGCAAGAAUCAGGAGCUUUUCCAAACCAAAAGAAGAAAGGGGAAACGGGGAAUGAGUCUGGUGUUGAAAAAACAUACUUCGCUAAAGAAAAUUAUUGCAAAUAACUGCACACUGCCAGACACCUUCAAGUUGAUGCCAAAAGUAAAGCAAAGGAUGAAACUUUCAAAGCCAGGGGUUGCAAUCAAUGGCAAGACGACUGAGCGGACUUUGCAUUCUCUAAAAAGAAAGCCAAGCUUUAUAUCUCCUGUGCCGGCCAAAAAACGAAACUUGAUCUUGCGCAGCAAAAAUGUGAAAGAGGAAAAGUGUGAAGCAGCCACUAAGUUAUUCAAAAAAAUUAAGCCAACAAAAAAAGAGAAAGUCAAGCUCAGCAUUGCGAGAAAGAAGACUUGCAAGGUCAUCCUAAAUACCCCCUCAGUUCGAGUGACCCCAGAUGUUUGUCUGAAGAUUACCUCACAACCAACAUAUGCUGAAAACAUGAAAACCAAAGUGUUGCCUCCCAGAAAGGGCCGGGGUCUGAAACUCGACGCUAUUGUGCAAAAGAUUACUUCACCAAAUCAGAAGAAACAAGUUGGUAUCAAUACAGGAUCUAACUGUGUCAGUACACCUGCUAACAGUCCCUUAAAUGUUCUUGACCAGGGAAAAGACUUGAGGGAUUCCAGCAUAGUUUCAGUAGAUUCUGAAAUCAAGAUGCUAGACCAAGACUUGGUGAAAAGUGAGCUUUCAAAGUUAGAUACUGAAAUGCAUACUCUGACCUGCAGGAGAUAUAAGAACAAGUCCAUAAAAGGAAAACUCCUUCACAAUAAAAAGAUGACCACAAAUUCGCUACUUGAUGAAUUUGGCACUCAUGCUGUGGCAGAUGUGAAGAGGAACUGUGUAGGGACAAAUAAACUGAGUGCUGUGUCGAAGAAGAAGAUCACAAGAGGGAGGUCCCGAGGUUCCUCAACCACUUCCAAAAGUGAAGCCAAGAAGCUUGCCAGAGCAAACGCUUCUGUUCUCCUUACACCUAGAGACAAGGCUCUUUCAGAAAAUGCUGUAUUAAGCAGCAGACAUCAGUCCAGUGAGUACAAGCAGGCUAAGCUUAAGGAAGGUUCUCCCGAUGAGUCUGCAACCCAGACCAGAGCUAGGAAAAAAACAAAACACCCUAUCUUCAACGGGUACACUAAGAGACAGCGUAAGAGUUCCCCUCGAAGCAAGCCCCCAAAUCAAACCACCACAAGCAAGAGAAGAUCAAAGGGACGGAAUGCUCCUCUGAUUACUCCCAAAGAGCCUGAGAUCAAGCUCAGGUAUGUGUCUUCUAAACCCACAAGAACUGAGACUAGAGUCAGACACUUCACUCCUUAUAUUCAGGUAGAAAAAAGAAAUGAAUUCACUACAACCUGUACCAUUAUUAACACUCCUGGAGAGGAGACCAGAUUAAUAAAGGAAAGAAAUAGUGAGCAUUCAGCAUCUCCACGAGUAUCGUUGUCCAGCCACGGAAUUGUUCCUUUCUCCUCCAGAAUGCAGCUGGGACCCCUGGUCUGCAAAUCGGUAGCCUCAGGUUGCCUUGUCUGCUGCCUUUGUAGAAGCCCAGCCAAUUAUAAAGACUUGGGGGACCUUUGUGGGCCAUAUUACCCCAUGGACUGCCUACCUAACAAAAAAACGAGGCCCAAAGAAAAGUUUAAAACAGAGGAGACACCCGCAGAGAAAUCUCCCAAGGCAACAGAAAAUCUGUGCUCGGCAGGGAGCGGGAAAACGCCUUGUCUAGAUGGUGGAGCAGUUGACUCGAUCAAACAUAACAACCUCCGCACUAGUGCCCGUGGACUGUUAAGGAAACUGCCCUCUUGUUACUGUUGCAACAAAAAAUCAGAGGUGUCAGAGGUCGAAAAACCAAGGAGGCAUCAGUGUAGCAAGACUGCCGAUCCGCCACCUCCAGAGCCAGCGGCUGAGACUCAGGAGCAUUGGGUACAUGAGGCGUGUGCCGUGUGGACCAGUGGCGUUUACUUGGUGGCAGGAAAACUGUAUGGCAUCCAUGAAGCCAUUCAAAUGGCAGCCUCGGGGCCCUGCCCCAAAUGUCUAAAGCCAGGAGCGACUGUGGGCUGCAGCCACCAGGGAUGCACACAAACCUAUCACUAUACAUGUGCAAUGGAGACGGGUUGCCUAUUAAAUGAAGAGAACUUUUCGAUAAGAUGUCCUAAACACAAGAGACUCCUGGUGUAACCACCGGCUCUGCAGUAGUCACCCUCAUCACACCCAAAAUCUUUUGUUCACUUCUUUGGCACUGUCACCAUUUCCUACUGUGGAGAUAGGGCUCUGGACCCCCUCCCCAUCAAGCUGCCAGUCACAUUAUACCUGCUGUGCCAAGUUCAGGAGAGCACUGGGAUAGCAGGAACGUCCUCUCUUCCAUGACCACCUUACUAUCUCGUAGAGGAUACAGAAGGUUCCGGUCACAGAGAAGACACAUAUCCGGAAGAGCAAAUCACGUCAGGAGUGAAGAGAUGUCAUAUUUCUGGAACAAUAUGAAGCGCAAUCAGACAGGAGCAUCACUCCCGCCCAAAAUGGGAGCUUAUGACAUCACAUGUGUUAUCCAAAACCUUGAUAGCGAAGGCUCUUUAUGUGUCAGGUGGCUGCACACUCCUGGCAAGCUAAAGGUCAACUUCAUCUGCCAGGGGUUAAAAUUGAAAUGUAUAUUAUUUAGAACCGAGCCAGGAGGGUCCAUUUAAUAAUGGUUGCUUCUGACGGUAGACCAGAGGAAUGGUACGGAAAUUUAAAUGUCUUUGUGAUUCAGAUCAUUGCCUCGUUUGCUUACCUGGGGGUCCCCUUCCCCCCCAAAAAACUAAUUGUAGUGUUCCAAUACUCGUGACACAGAUACCGGCCUAUAAAUUGGGAGUUCAAGUUAUGAACUGUGAGAACUCAGCAUCUACUUCCAGCCUGAUGGAAACACUUUGUUUAAACGGUAUGACUCUGGCAAUGGCACCCCACAAGGAAAGGACAGAUUCUUACUGCACGCUAUAGCGGCUGCUGCUGCUGCAAGGGAAAGGAGUUAAUUCAGACUGUAGCGGGAUCUUACACUGCAUUAGGAUAGAGUUCCACCUUCUCAGAUCACAUCUCAGACAUGUCACUCGCCUGAUCCCUCUUCCACUCACCUUUCUGCUUUAUGUAUUCUCCACAUUGCAAGUCCCCAGAUAGCACUGUUUAGAUUUUUGCAAUACUUUCUCUUCCCUUGUUUGUGUUCUGUCUCUCCUGUCUUGACACCUUUGUCUCUCUUUCCCCUUCUCUCCCCUUCUCACUUGUUCUUUGUUAACUGUCUGCCUCUUUGUCCCUUCCCAUCUUACACACCUUACAACCCACUUCCAGUUCUUACCAUCCGUCUUGCUCACCUUUUAUUGCCACCUUUAUGCACCUUGUCUGGCCUGUGUCUGUUCUCCUUACUCUCGAUCCUCCUCUCUAUCUCCUAUGGCUUCCCUUAUAUCUCUCUUCAUUCCUCUUCUCCUGCUACCAUAUCUUUGCAAUCUAUCCCUCAUUUUACCAUCUUGUUU